AAAAUAUCGAUUUUUUUAUUGUGCGCCUUUUUGCUGCUUUAACAUUAAUGAGGAAUUGAGUUGAAAAAUGCAGCGAGGCAUAGACUCGUUCUUCAAGCGGCUGCCGGGCAAGAAAACCAGCGACGAGGAUGCGACGCCGUCGCCUUCGCCGGCGCCCCGCAAACGCAAAGCGCUCGUCAUAUCCAGCGAUGAGGACGAGGUGCCCGCCAGUCCGCAGCUGAGCAAGCACGGCAAGGAGCUGAAGAAAACACGUCGGGCGCCAGAGAAUGGGCACUCCAAUAAGCCCACGCUCUCCAAGCUGAAAGAGACGCCCAAGCAGCUGAAAAAGGUGGAUCCCUCAGAGCUGUUUGGCGGCGAAACCAAGCGCGUGGAGGCGCCCAAGCCGAAGGAGCGCACUGUCCUGGAAAUGGAGGAUGAGGACAUCGAUCGCAGUCUUAUGGAGGUGGAUCUCGAUGAACCGUCGCCGCCGCAGCCGCCCGCUGUAACGCCCAGUCGCAAGCGCGCCAAGGCCAGCAGCCCGAAGCCGACGCCAGAGGCGACGCCCAAGAAACCGAAGGCAACGACGCCGCGUGUCAAGCAGGAGAAGCAUGCAGAUCUGGAGAGCAGCGUGCUGUCCGAUGAGGAGCGUCACGAGCGCAAGCGCAUGUCCGCCAUGCUCUAUCAGAAGUACAAGAAUCGCAGCAGCUGCCUGAAUCCAGGCAGCAAAGAGAUACCCAAAGGUGCGCCCGAUUGCCUUAAGUGCCUAACAUUUCUGGUCACGGGCAUAUUGGAGUCUAUGGAGCGGGAUGAGGCUGCAUCGGUAAUUAAAGGAUUCGGUGGCCGUGUCAUGACUGUGGUGGGUAAGAAGCUCAACUAUUUGGUUGUGGGCGAGGAGGCGGGACCCAAGAAACUGGCCCAAGCUGAGGAGCACAAUGUGACCAUCAUCAGCGAGGAUGGGCUCUUCGAUUUGAUAAGGGAGAGAUCCGGCGAGAGGCCGAGCGUUAAAGUGGAACAGAGUCCCAAGGUGAAGCAGGAGAAGGGCAGCAGCUCGAAGAUUAAGAAGGAGCACGAGGAGAAGAACAGCGGGUCAAAAGUAAAGAAGGACCAUGAGGAGAAAAGCAGCUCAAAGAUUAAGCACGAGCAGGAGGAGAAGAGCAGCUCAAGGAUAAAGCACGAGCAGGAGGAAAAAAGCAGUUUAAAGAUUAAGCAUGAGAGGGAGGAGAAGAGCAGCUCAAAGAUUAAGCAUGAGCAGAAGGAGAAGAGCAGCUCAAAAAUUACGCAUGAGCCGGAGCAGAUAAAGAGUAGCAAGAGCAGCAAUUCCAAGGGGGAGCACGCCUUAAAGGUGAAGCCAGAGCCAAGCGUCAGUCCCAAGGUUAAAAAGGAGCCCAACAACAAUGUGGAUGCGGCCACGACAGAGGAGGAUAUCAGCAGCAAUAUGGCCUGGGUGGACAAAUACAAGCCCAACUCCAUCAAAGAGAUUGUCGGCCAGGCCGGACCGGGCAGCAAUGUCAACAAGCUGAUGAACUGGCUGAGCAAGUGGUAUGUGAAUCAAGAUGGCAAAACCAAGCCGCAGCGUCCAAAUCCCUGGGCGAAGAAUGACGAUGGCAGCUUCUUCAAGGCGGCGCUGCUGUCGGGCCCGCCGGGUAUAGGUAAAACGACGACAGCGACGCUCGUCUGCCAGGAGCUGGGAUUCGAUGCGGUCGAGUUCAAUGCCUCGGAUACGCGCAGCAAGCGUCUGCUCAAGGAGGAGGUGUCCAGCCUGUUGGGCAACAAGUCGCUCGCUGGCUAUGUGCAUGGCCAGUCGCAGGGGGUGUCCAAGAAGCACGUCUUGAUCAUGGACGAGGUGGACGGCAUGGCCGGCAACGAGGAUCGCGGCGGCAUGCAGGAGCUGAUAGCUCUAAUCAAGGACAGUUCCGUGCCAAUUAUAUGCAUGUGUAACGAUCGCAAUCAUCCCAAGAUACGAUCCCUGGUCAACUACUGCUACGAUUUGCGCUUCCAGCGACCGCGCGCCGAACAGAUUAAGGGUCGCAUCAUGAGCAUAUGCUUCAAGGAGAAGCUAAAGAUACCGCCCGCCAAGCUGGAGGAGAUCAUAGCCGCCACUAACAACGAUAUACGCCAGACCAUCAAUCACAUUGCGCUCCUCAGCGCUGGCGAGCAGCUGCCGCAAGCCACAAAUAACCAACAGGUGGCCGCCAAGGAUCUCAAGUUGGGCCCGUGGGAGGUGGUACGCAAGGUCUUCACCGCCGACGAGCACAAGCACAUGACCAUCUAUGACAAGUGCGAUUUGUUCUUCCACGACUACAGCCUGGCUCCGCUCUUCGUGCAGCAAAACUAUCUCCAGGUCCUGCCGCAGGGCAAUCGGAAUGAAGUGUUGGCCAAGGUCGCGGCCGCUGCGGAUGCUCUCAGUCUGGGCGAUAUGGUGGAUAAGCGCAUACGCGCCAAUUCCGCGUGGAGUCUGCUGCCCACGCAGGCCGUCUUUAGCUCCCUGUUGCCGGGGGAGUACAUGUGUGGCCAUUUUACGGGCCAGAUCAAUUUUCCUAGCUGGCUGGGCAAAAACUCGCGCAGCAGCAAACGUUCUCGGCUGGCCCAGGAGCUGCACGAUCACACACGCAUCUGCACCUCGGGCUCCAGGCUGUCGGUCCGUUUGGAAUAUGCGCCGCACCUGCUGGCCAAUAUUGUGCGUCCGCUGGCGCAGGAUGGGCAGCAGGGCGUCCCGGUUGCGCUGCAGGUCAUGAAGGAUUAUCAUUUGCUGCGCGAGGAUCUGGAAUCGCUGAUCGAGCUGACCACCUGGCCAGGCAAAAAGUCGCCCAUGGAUUCCGUCGAUGGGCGUGUCAAAGCGGCGCUGACGCGUGCCUACAACAAGGAGGUGAUGGCCUAUUCCUAUUCCGCGCAGACCAACGUCAAGAAGAAGCGCGCUGAGGCUGCCGGCGAGGAGGAGGAGGCCGGUCUACUGCUUGGCGAGGAGGAAGGGGAGGGCGCCCAGUUGGCUGCGUCCAGCGAUGAGGAGGACCAGGACAAACUGGAACUGGAUGGGCUGAUCAAGGCCAAAAAGAAGCCGGCAGCCGUCGCCAAGAAGCCAAGUGCCAAAGCUCCAGCCAAGCCCAGGGCCAAGGCCAAGAAAUGAGUUGUUUCGCAAACUAUUAGUUAUUUAAGCAGUCAUUAAUGCAUGCGAUUUAUUGUUACCAUAUAUUUUUUUAACGCGUAAAUCCGUAUGUUACACAAAGCAAAAAUUAUAUA